AUGGAAUCCCCCAAACAAAAACAAGAAAAUGAGGAGCCCCAAAACGAAGUUCAAUAACCACAGACACAUCUCAUUCAACUAGAUGUAGAAGAGCCUAAUGAACCACCAGUAAAAAGACCAGCCCCAAAAACAUUCGGAGAUUUAACAAUCAUAUUUAUUUUCGAGACCAUAGGAACAGGAUUAUUCGCAUAUGGCAUAGUGGCAUCUAAUGGAUCUGAUAUCUUGAUUGCUGCUUAUUUGUAUGCAGCAAUAUUUUUAACAUGCAAAUUUACAGGUGGCCAUGUCAAUCCAGCAGUGUCAUUCAGCUUCUAUUGUGAUGAUACAAUUAGUUCAUGGACAUUGAGAAUCUAUUGGACAGCUCAAUUAUUAGGUGCAGUUGGAGGUGCUUGGAUUGCUUAUUUAAUAUUGGGAGUAGUGACAUCUCCUAGUAUUAAGAGUACAAACAUAGAGUGGAUGCUUGCUGAUUUGUGUGGAGAAGCCUUUGGAACCUUUAUGUUUGUUCUAUUCAUACACAUUCAAGUUCAUGAAUAAACUAGAUAGACUAAUAAUGACAUUGCAGGCAUCGCUUGGAUUGCAUUGGCUCUAUUCUUUUCUAGAUAGUUGUCAUCACAUUCUGGAGGUUGCCUGAAUCCAGCUAUGGGUGUGGGAUUGGAAUUAUUUGAAGCAUUCUGGUUGAAUGACACAACUAAAUUAGCUAAUUUUUGGGUGUUUCUAUUUGCUCCACUGUUUGGGGCAUAUAUGGCAUCGAUUUUCUACAAUUCAAUAUAUUUGCCUUUAUUAAAAAAAUGA